AUGAAAGUGAAAAAUAAUUCACAUGACGAUGGCACCGCUUCCUUGUGCUUCGCCAUCAACUAUUACGGGACGACUCUCACUUAUUCACUCAACCGAUUCAUUCAUAUGCGCUACCAUUUACGCACGGGCUCUGUUCGUUUCAAACCCUCACUUCGACUUCUAGGCUACUCAAUACCGACAUCCGCUCUUCGAGAUCGACCUCCAGAUUCCAAAAACAAGACCUACUUGCCACAACACCUUACAUCCUAG